UGAACAGAGCGGCAGACAUGCAGGAGCAGGACGCCACCGAUCGAGCCGCCGAGACGAGAUGGCGGCGGGCGGGGCCGGCGGUGGUGCCGCGGCGCGUGGUGGCCUCGUCUGCGUGACGGGCGGGAGUGGCUUCAUCGGCUCGUGGCUCGUCCGCGGCUACACCGUCCACGCCACCGUCAAGAACCUCCAGGAUGAUGGCGAGACGAAGCACAUGCAGGCACUGGGCGGCGCGGACACGCGGGUCCGGCUGUUCCAGAUGGACCUCCUCGACCCUGCCUCCUUACGGCCCGUGGUCGAGGGCGCCCGCGGUGUCUGCCACAUCGCGUCCCCUGUGGCCGGAGGGGGAGUAGGGCUGCCGGCUGCACUACCUAUCGAGAGGAGAGAAUCGGUGGAGGGAGAGAACAGAGAAGAGAGUGGGGUCUUGUUCAGCAGAGGGGAUCGAAGAACAAAAAUCGGAAUAGCCUUCUUCUACCUCCAGCCGGAACCUCCCUUUGUUGCUUCUCCUCCGAUCCCCAACUUUCCUGCUCACCCCUAGUUCCCCUUCUUCUUCCAGCUCUUAGAGCUUCUUCCUUCUCUGGAUGUACCCUUUUAUCUGUAUUAGACCUUGACCUCACAGUACACUAUCUGUUGGAGUGAUUUGGCGUUGAUCAAUGACUCGUUCGUGUGU